AUGAACGCUGCGCCUAUCUUGCCCCUCUACUCGUACAAAGACUACUAUCCUGCUCCAGCUGUGGUGUAUGUGCGUCAUGAAGACGAGGCGGACGAACUCAUACAGGCACUCAGCGGACCGCUAGGCUUUGAUAUGGAAUGGGUCGUAAACUGGAGGAACAAGGCUUACACAGAGCGUCGCACUGCCGUCGUACAGCUGUGUGACAAGCGGAUGAUCCUUGUCAUUCAGCUUAGCCAGAUGAAGCGGAUUCCGCAGAAAGUCAAGGAGGUCAUCGAGUCGCGCGAUAUCGUGAAGAUGGGUGCAAACAUCAAGAACGAUGGCGAAAAGCUUUAUCGCGACUACGGCAUCCUCGCAUCCAACCUCGUCGAGCUGGGCGCGUUUGCGCACCGUGCAGACGCGACUUUCGCGCGGAAGUACAACAGGUCCAUCGUCGCGCUCGCGAAGGUGGUCGAGCACUAUACGGCCAAGACGCUCGACAAGGGCAGAGUGCGCUCGAGCAACUGGGAGGCCGCGCCGUUGAGUGAGGAGCAGUUAACGUACGCUGCGAACGACGCACAUUGCGCCCUGGUCGUAUACAAUCGCCUGCUUGACAUCGCGGCCGAGCAAGGACGGUCCCUGGGUCCUGCGCCGUAUGGCAGCAGUAUUAUACCACGUUCUCGGCCGGCCGGCGCGGGCAGUAGUACCGCCUCGCAGGCCACCUCCGCGAGUUCAUCGUCCCAUUCGGUGUCGUACGUGGGCGACGCCGAGGGGCUUCAAGAGAGACCGCGUCCAAGUCCUCAGCACCUCCGCGCGUAUAACUUGUGGCACUACCGCGAUGCGCCCCUGCAGGAGAUUUGCGCUACGCUUAGGUCGAAGGAGAACCCGCUGAAGGAGAGCACAGUAAUAUCGUAUGUCGUCCGGGCACUACAGGCGGACUCGGCUCUACCGUUCUCAAUGGACCGCCUCAAGGUGCUUGUACAGUCAGAGGCAGGGUCUUGGGCGAGACACCGCGAUUGGAUCGUACAAGCUGAGUCCCAAAAGAAUUAG